GGGGGGUUGUGUGUGCAGUGUGUGCGUGUGUUCCUAUAGAGUGCCAAAAAAAAAAAAACAGUACUGAUGAGUCCUGGGGAGAUGGGGCUAUUUUUGUUUAAAGCUGACACUUCUAGCUGAGCCACAAGUGCUGCUUGGAAAGGGCUUAGGUUGUUUCCAGGGGGAGAACUCUGCAAAGAAGAGGCAAAGUUCAACAGGACAGCAAAGAAGCAGCAGAAACAGCCAGGAAAACGAAGAGCCCUCACGUUUUAACACAGAAUUCCCUACCAGAGUUCUCGAAUCCUAAAGUAUUCUGCAAAGUGUUACUUGACCGGAACUUUUCACCUGACGUUUGCUUUCUCCGACCACCAUGACUGAGAUCACUGCUGAAGGAAAUGCAUCCGCAACCACCACUGUGAUAGACAGCAAAAAUGGAUCUGUGCCCAAAUCCCCUGGAAAAGUGCUGAAGAGGACAGUCACAGAAGACAUCGUGACAACGUUCAGCUCCCCAGCAGCCUGGCUUCUGGUCAUUGCUCUGAUAAUCACAUGGUCAGCUGUUGCCGUUGUUAUGUUUGAUUUAGUGGAUUACAAAAACUUUUCAGCAAGUUCUAUUGCUAAGAUGGGCUCAGAUCCUCUAAAACUUGUACAUGAUGCUGUGGAAGAAACUACAGACUGGAUCUAUGGCUUCUUUUCUUUGUUGUCUGACAUCAUCUCAUCUGAAGGUGAUGAAGAAGAUGAUGGGGAUGAAGAUACUGAUAAAGGAGAAAUAGAGGAGCCUCCCUUGGAGAAAAAAGAAAUGUACAAAGAAAAGACUGAAAAGCAGCAGAAACCUGAAAGGAAAAUACAAACCAAAGUUACAUACAGAGAAAGAGAUAAAGAGAAAGACAAAGACAAAGGAAAAGAAAAAGAAAAACCUGAAAAGAGAGCAACUCACAAGGAAAAAGUUGAGAAAAAAGAAAAACCAGAAACAAAGACAGUGACAAAAGAAGAGAAGAAAGCUAAGACUAAAGAGAAGGCUGAAGAAAAGACUAAAAUGGAAGUGAAAGGUGGGAAACAGGAGAAAGUGAAGCAAACAGCUGCAAAAGUGAAAGAAGCACAGAAAACACCACCGAAACCCAAAGGAAAGGAUGACAGAGGGUCUACAGCAGUGCCAAAGCAUGAACAGAAAGAUCAGUAUGCAUUCUGUCGAUAUAUGAUUGACAUGUUUGUCCAUGGGGACUUAAAACCAGGACAAAGCCCAGCCAUACCUCCUCCGUUACCAACAGAACAAGCUCCCAUGCCCACUCCAGCAUCUUCUACUAUUGAAGAAAAAGAAGAUGAAAAGAAAGCUGAGGAGAAAGUUACUUCUGAAACAAAAAAGAAAGCAGAAAAAGAAGAUGUCAAAAAGAAAAGUGAGAAGGAAACUGCCAUUGAUGCGAAAAAAAAAGAGCCAGGGAAAGCUCCUGAAACCAAACAAGGGACUGUAAAAGUUUCAACACAAGCAGCAGCUAAAAAAGAUGAAAAGAAGGAAGAUUCCAAGAAAACAAAAAAAACGGCAGAAGAACAACCCAAGGGAAAAAGACAGGAAAAGAAAGAAAAACAUGUGGAACCAGCAAAGUCACCAAAGAAAGAACACACAGCUCCAAGUGAAAAACAAGUAAAAGCAAAAACUGAACGAGCUAAGGAAGAGGUUGGUGCUGUCUCAACUAAAAAAGCUGUACCUGGAAAGAAAGAAGAGAAAACAACCAAGACAGUGGAGCAAGAAAUUAAGAAAGAAAAAUCUGGGAAGACCUCUUCAAUUCUGAAGGAUAAAGAUAAGCAAGUUCCUGUCCAUCCAAAUGCUCAUCCUCUUAAACCAACAGAGCCUAUUAAGGGGAAAGAAGUGAAGACUCUAGCUUCUGUAAAUGAAAAAGAACCUGAAAUUAAAAAAGAUGAAAAGACUUCCAAAACAGGGGACCCUGUAGAGAGUUCCCACCCAAAAGAAGCCCCUCACCAGAUGUGCCCUUUGGACAAUGGACAUCCCAGCUUCCAAAACUGCAAAGAAGUCAAGCCCAAACCACAGCCACCACAAGUAAUAAAAGGAGAGAAGCCAGAGACACAAGUUAAAAAGGAAGCAAAACUAGCCUCAUCUGAAAAAGUGCAAAUACACAAACAAGACAUAGUGAAGCCAGAAAACACUGUUUCUCAUGGUAAACCAGAAGAGAAAGCCCUCAAGCAGGUGAAAGCUGCCACCAUAGAAAAAACAGUCAAGCCCAAACCAGCAAAAAAAUCUGAACAACAAGAAAAAGAGCCUCUGUCUAUAAAAACAGACAAACCAAAACCAACUUCUAAAGGAAUAUCAGAAGUUACAGGAUCAGGAAAGAAGAAAUCUGAAAAAUCUGAAAAGGAAAGUAAAGAAAAAGCAGAAGUGAAGCAUCUUAAAGAAGAAAAAGUUUCAGUAAGAAAAGAAAGUCUUCAAUUGCACAAUGUGACAAAAGCAGAAAAACCUGCAAGAGUAUUAAAAGAAGAGUCUGAAGAUGUACCAUCUACGAAGAAAGCUAAAGAAGAAACUGAAGAUGUAUCUUCCACAAAGAAGCAAAAAAGUCCCAUCAGUUUCUUCCAAUGUGUCUACUUGGAUGGAUACAAUGGCUAUGGGUUUCAGUUUCCUGUCACUCCCGCAAACCGCCCUGGAGAGAGCUCUGGCCAGCCAAAUUCUCCAGGACAGAAGCAACAAGGACAAUAGAUACACGUGCAUGACCCUUACAGGUGCUUUAAGAUUAUGGAAAUGGAAUAUUCUGUUUUGUCCACAGUGGCACAGGCAAUUGAAGUCAUGCAAUACAUAGAAUUUAUUUGAAAACAUUUUAGUCUUCUGCCUGGAGUAGAGAGAAAGGGUGGGCAAAGGGAUUGAAUGAUAAACAGGCAUAGUGAAGGGUCUAAUGCUCAAGAAUCUGUGUUUGUUGCUAUGGGAGGGGGGAGCUUGUAUUUUUUUAUUUCUACUCACUAUAAGAUUCUACACAAAUUAAUUUAAAAAUUACUUGAUAAUGGUCUUUUAAACAUAAUUGACACAAUUACAAAAUAAAAUUCCUGGCUCCAGUAAUAUAUUCAUUUUUAAAUGAUAACAUAAACUACGCUCUUAAGUGUAAAGGGUACAGGAACUUAUAUGAAAGUGUCUCUUUUGGGUCAUGUGGGUAUCUAAACUCAAUUAACCCAAUAAGUUGAUGCUUAAUACUUUCACUUUUUUAUGCUUAUUUCUAUUUUAAUUGUGACUAUCCUCUAAGAAUGGGUAACAAUUGCACCAAUGAGUGCUAUAAGUUCCUUGUGAUACUCUCUUAGAGUUCAAAAUAUCUCUGAACUUUAGACAUGAUAAGACGGAGAAUAAAUGUUUGAUGAAUCUUAUCUCUAAGAUUUGUCUUGAAUUACAAUUAGGGCAUUAACUCCAAUGGAAAUAAACUAUCAAAUUAGGCAGGUGUGGUGAAUCAUUUGUUUAAAACAUAAGCAAAUAAGAUGUGGAAUUUUCAGAGUUUUCCAGACUGUGCCCUAAUGCAAAUGUUACCUGGUUAAAAUUUUAGUUCAAUCAUCAAAUUUGGGUGACAGAUGCAAGAAUAUUUUUGUUUCACUUUAAUACAUUCUUUAUUUGAAGUUAAAUAUGGUUUCUUUCUCAAAAUGUAAAACUAUGAAUGCCAUCAAAGUUUAAGGAAGACAUUUUAACCAUCAGUGCCUUCAUUAGAUGUCUUACCUGAUUUUUAGGUAAUUGGCAAUCAGUGGCAAUGAAAUGAAUGACAAUUUUCAACCUACUUGGUGAUGACACACCACUGGGAAUGACUAUUAUGGUUUUUGUCAUCUUCCUAGUGAUAUAAAUACUCAUGUUCUUUACCACAUUUUUCUAUCAACUUUAAAAGUCAUGCCUCUGUGACCUUUAUUAUGUUUACAGUUGCAACUGAACUUAUGACAAAUUAACUCAGGAAAUAAAUUGAGUUAUUCUUUCUAGCAUUAUAAAUAUUUUCAGCUCUGAGAGAGCCAGAGCCAAUACUAGCCAAGUGAUUUAUUUUCAAGGACUGCAACUAACUAUGGUUCUUUAGGUCCAAGAUAUAGAACAGUUUUACUAAAAAUCAUUAGGCUAAGGCAUCAGCGAUACACACACUAUUAACAAUGGAUUUUCAGUGAUUUGUGGAAGAAGUUGGUCUCGGCCAGAUACCGUUGAACCUGACUCAUUCCACAAAAGUCAGUGUCACAAUGAACCAGAUUAAUAACACAGUUUAUGGAGGCUGGGAGUGGGGGCAACCUGGAAGUGUGUAAUUUCAGGACUGACCAGAUGAUACUGUCUUGCCCCUUCAUGUAGCAGUGUAAACUUGUGGGUGGGACAGUGGAUGAAGUAGGUUGCUCAACCACUCCUCCAGCCUGUUCAGUUUAAUGAGUAAGUGAAUAGAGAGCAAAUAUAAUAGUUAUUUUAGAUUUCAUAGAACAGAAUGUUUUAUCCAUUGAUUUUUUCAUUCAAUGACUAUUUAUUGAGCACUUACUCUUUCAAGGACACUAUGUUAGGCACUGGAGUGUAGAAGAAAAAUACAGUGCUGAAUUCUAUUCCCAGUGCUAUCCUGACACAGUAUGUGACCUUGGAAAGCUUACUAAACAUUCUAUGUUGGUUUUUCCAUGUGUAAAAUAAGGAUAUCAAGACAAACAGUCUAAUAUCUUAUAGAAGUACUGUGGAGACUAAUAAAAUAUGUUAAUUUAGAUAUGACAUUGAAAUACAUUUCGGAAAUAAUACUUUUGGAUAUGGCACUAAUUUUCCCUCUGAGUGCUUUUCUAUUUUAUAUUGUUGUUUCUCUCACUCUAAUUAUAAAAACUAUUUGAUAAAAAGUAAAACAUGACCUAGCUUUAUUGUAAUUAGAAUUUAGACAAAACAACUACAAUGUAAACAAUAUUACUAAUAACUGUUAAGUUUUAUCUGCUUAAAGUUACAAUGAUGAUAGCACUUUAAAAAUAUUAUCUAAACUUAUCUGUUUGUAUGUUUCCAUCAUAUAAAAUACUUCUAGCCCUUUCAAGUUUGAUGCCUUACAUUUUAAAGUGAAAAGAGAAAUGGUUGAUUGAGUCUUUGUCUUUAAUAGUUCAUUCAUAAUUCAUGUAAUAUUGGCCAUGAAUAUAUAAGCAUUUAAUAAUUGUUUUAGUUCUCUAUUUUGUCUAAUUGGUAUAAGCUACCUUCCCUACCCCCCUACUCCUCUCCACCUUUUAAUAGUUGAAGAUCUUAAUAGUUGAAGUUCUGUAGAAAAUAAAAAUUGAUUUUACCCAA